AAAAGGGUUAACCGUCACCUUUACUCCACCAAGAAUCUCAGAGGAAAAUCAGCCACUAUAAGUUUGUGCUCAUUCUCAUCGUACAUUAACUCUAAGUCAGCUUAUUUUAAUUUGUUUGCAGCUAUGGUUUCUACUUCUCCUCCUCAGCCCAAGGAGGCUCCAUAUACUGAAAAAAGUGUCGAAAAUCGCCGAGCAAAAUGGUGGUACUCGACGUUUCACACCGUCACGGCCAUGAUCGGCGCCGGAGUUCUCAGCCUGCCCUAUGCCAUGGCUUACUUGGGCUGGGGUCCGGGGACAUUGGUGAUGGUAUUAGCGUGGUGCAUCACGCUCAACACAAUGAGGCAGCUGAUCCAGCUCCACGAGUGCGUCGCCGGCGUCCGGUUCGACCGCUACUACGACCUCGGACGACACGCGUUCGGGCCGAGGCUCGGCACAUGGAUCGUGCUCCCGCAACAGUUCAUCGUCCAAGUCGGCUGCAACGUGGUGUACAUGGUCACCGGAGGGAAAUGCCUCAAGAAAUUCAUGGAGAUUGCUUGCAACAAUUGCACCCCUAUCAAACAAUCUUAUUGGAUUGCCAUGUUUGGAAGUCUUCACUUCUUCCUCUCUCAGAUGCCAGACAUCAAUUCCAUCUCCGGUGUUUCAUUGGCUGCAGCUAUCAUGUCACUAAGCUACUCGACCAUAGCGUGGGUAGGCAGCCUGAGCCGGGGGAGGGUCCCGAACGUGAGCUACGAGUACAAGAAAACGAGCGACGUGGAUUACAUGUUCCGUGUGUUCAAUGCGUUGGGGCAGAUCACGACGGCCUACGCCGGCCACGCGGUUGUGCUAGAGAUUCAGGCCACCAUUCCGUCGGCCCCAGAGAAACCAUCGAGCAUACCGAUGUGGAGGGGCGCCGUGUGGGCCUAUUUCGUCAAUGCCAUCUGUUAUUUUCCGGUCGCACUUGUGGGCUACUGGGCCUUUGGACAGGAUGUUACCGACAACGUUCUCGUCGCCCUAGAGAAGCCGUCGUGGCUCAUCGCCGCCGCUAAUUUCAUGGUUUUUGUUCAUGUUGUAGGAAGCUAUCAGAUUUAUGCAAUGCCAUUUUUCGAGGUUGUAGAGAGGACAGUAUCUGCAAGAUUCAAUGUAACACAUGGACUAGGGCUCAGGCUCUUUGUUCGUUCUACUUACGUUGCUUUUACUUUGUUUGUUGCUGUGACAUUCCCAUUUUUUGGCGACCUUCUCGGUCUGUUUGGUGGCUUUGGCUUUGCUUCAACUUCUUACAUAUUGCCCUGCAUAAUUUGGCUGAAAAUUAAAAAACCACGGAGAUUCAGCUUGUCGUGGACAUUCAAUUGGGCAUGCAUUGUUAUUGGAGUGUUCAUCAUGUUCGCAUCAACCAUCAGCGGAGUGCGAAACGUCGUCGUCGAUUCUUCAACAUAUGAUUUCUACUCAUAAUAUUAUUAAAUCAGUUGUAGUUGGAAUCAAGUCUUGGAUUAGGUAAUGUGUGGAGAUGAAUGAAAUUUGAAUAAAGGCGACCCAGAAUUUUAGAA